UGCCAUAUAUACUUGUACAUACGAAAUACAUAUGAACAGCUUCUUUUGUGCUACAGAACGAGUUUAUAUGCGCGUUUGUGUGUUAUUGACCGCUGGCGAGUCACCAAUUGUUGAGCUUUUUCACGGUUAUUGACAGACGCUUAUAUACUGUUUGCAUUGAUACAAAGCGACUAACGAUAACUUCAUGCAGUGGAAAACAGAAGCAAAUACGGCAAAAAAGUUUAAGCAUAGAGUCUCGCAAGACAUACACAUAAUUAUGAACGAUUAUGUUCAUAUAAGCAUAAAAUGCUGUGAUAAAAAUUGUAGAUUUUUAUUGCUCGUUUUUGUUGUUUACAAAAUUUGAUUGAAAACAAAUACAUAUCAACAAUAUGAGUAGUCGUCAAAAUGACUUGGCCGCGUACAGUGCGAGGCGAUUAAAACGCGCAACAUUCGUUCAAAUAAGAAAUUACUAAUUAUUUGAAGUGAAAUAGUGAUUCAAAGUGGAUUUAAAAAAAUAUUUAUCGCUUUUCGGCAUUGUUUUAAGAUGUGAUUUCAUUGCGCAAACUCGUACAUAACUACAUAUGUUAAAAUGUACAGUAAAACAUUAAUAAUGUGUUAAGAGAUCAAAAGUGAAAAAUUGACGCAGCAAAAAUAAAAAUUGUUUACAAACAAGUUUAAGUUCUAAUGAAUUGUACAAAUACUUCAACACAUCAAUAUCAAGAUGAGACUUCCACACACGUCGAUAAGACACACAAGCCUUCGGAGAAGCGGCGGUUUGAAUAAAACGAGCAUAUUUGCGGCAUUACUACUUCUACGCUUAACCACAUUGUGGAGAGUUCAAGCCGCGCCACAAUUAUUUCCAACAAACGACGACGAGGAAUUCCGUCGUAAUGAUGCUGUCGAAUACGGUGCACCGUUAAUCACACCUCUAAUGGACUAUGUAACACUUGAAUUAAAUACAAAUUAUACAAUACGUUGUGAGGCCGAUGAACCAUUAUCGUGGAGACUACCUGGUGAUACUGUUGAUUACGACGAGCAAACAUUUAACACUGGUGAUCCACAACGUCCCCAUGGCAGUAUGCUAUAUCUACAGGAUAUAUCUAGCAAGAAUUUGGGUAAUUACUAUUGCAUAAAAAAAUCGAGUAUUCCAAAUAGACUAGACGCAAUGCAGGACGAGGAACUUGUAGAGUUGGUUAAUAAUUAUAAAGCGUCCUCAAUUUACAUAUACGUUAAUGAUCCCGUUAAUCUUUUGUCACAAAAUGAAUUUCCGGUAAUUAGUGCGCUACAGUACCAGGAUACGGUCAUACCAUGCAAACCAACUAUGCCCGACAUAGAAGUGCUGCUAACCACGUCGCAUGGUGAAACAUUUUCCAGUGAAAAUACCGGCCGCUAUAAUCCCCAGCGCGGUUUCGUCGUCGAAAUACGCGGCGUUACCGAUGGCGGCAGCUAUGUGUGCCGACCGAAAGUGCCGUCUCCAUUAAAUGAUGAGGAGGAACAAACCUUUGAGAUCUUUUUUAGUGGUAACGAACCUGUUAAUCCAUCGGAUAAUACAUCGGUGGAGGCUAUAGUAGCUACAAUGAAUACCACAACUAGAAACGAACCAAAGCACAACGACAACCAAAUCAUAUCCCUAAAAACUAAACGCAUUUAUAAACCCAGACCAAGCCGAAGCACGAAAUCCGAAACAACUGUGGAAAUGGGUGUGGAUGUUGAUCUUAAUGUUGACACAACUAAUCUUGGUGAUGGCAAUAUUGAUCAUGAAAAUAAGCGUAUCAUUGGCGUUGAAACUCAUAAUAGCAAUAUCCUAGCAAAUGUUGUGGGUGUUACUAAUGGUGACGGUUACGUUACGACUCAAGCGACUACACUUUUUGGCUAUAAAAACGCAAAAGUAGUUAACAAUUAUACAGACGACCCGCGCACUGACAUUGAUAAUAGUGACAGAAUUGUUGUUGAAGAAAAUCAUAUUUAUGAAAGCGAACCACAUCGUUCAACACGUUUGCGCGACACAAAAAGACCGCUUUUAAAACGCGCUGCGCCAACAACUAGAUGGCAUAGUUCACGAUUCCGUGGUGCGUUACGAUCGAGUACGAAAUAUAUUGAGAAACCGAUUAUAACCUCAAAUUCCCGUGGACAUGUGAACGUUGGUGAAAAUUUCACGCUGAAUUGCUAUGUGAAAAUCGCCUUUGAUGUUUCCUACUCAACAGAAUGGAAAACACCGCCAGGAGUUGAUGAGGACCGCAUGAUUAAAACUAUACCAACAUUUAUAAAUAAAACAUCCACACAUCAAGUCGGCGAGGCAAAAUUGACAAUACUAAACGCUAAGAAAUCGGAUUCUGGUCUUUAUGAAUGCAUUUGCACGGACCAUUCGAAAAAUGUUGGACGCAACAAUUAUCAAAUGACAGUUUUAAAUCGCGAUGAGGGCUAUAUCAACAUUAGUGAGCCUUCCGGUUAUUACAAAAUCGCCAGUAGCGCGAAUAAAAAGGUGCAGAUCAAUGUUAAAUAUCGCGGUUAUCCGUUUCCUACGCUUACUUGGUACAAACCAGACAACACGCAAAUUCAUCCAUCCAAAAAAUAUAUCAUCAACACCACCGACACUUCGAUUACGCUGCAAAUUGUGAAUGCACAACUGGAGGACAGUGGUGAAUAUGUGAUACGCGCCAAGAAUGAAUUGCUGGUGAAAGAGUUGAAAUUCAAUGUGAGCAUCAGCGACAAACCCAAAGUAACAGUCGAGGAUGUGUAUGUGCAGGCUGGCGAAGAAGCACAUCUACAAUGCAAAGUGUUAUCCUUUCCUUUCGCCGUAGUCUCAUGGGUAUUUACACCGUGUAGCAUAUCGCCGCGUUGGCCUUCGUGCAACAAGCGAAUGGAUCAAAAUUUUAAUUCUACACGAAAUGCGCAACCAGGCGCAACGGCCGUUGAAUAUAUACAUGACCUAUAUUUUACGCCAGAAAAGCCGGGUAUUAUGCAUUGUUUAGCAGUAAAUCCGAAAGGUAUGGGUGAAGGUAAAGGUCACGUGCUUAUUGGCGACAUAAAUGAAAAUAUGACCAUAUACGGUACGGAUGAGAAUAAGAAAAUUGCACGCGGUGAUGAGGUGACACUCACGUGUGCUGCUCUCUCUUAUUACUUCUCUGACGAUCUGGAUUGGUAUAAAGAUGGCGAAUUGGUGGAAGAGGACAGCAGCAAUUUUGUCAUCAGCAACUCUUCAAGCAGCUACUCGUAUCAAAAAACAUUGGUAAUCGAAAAUAUACAAGAUCGCGAUCAGGGCAGUUAUGAGUGUCGUGCACGUAAUGCAAACAAUCCCGAUAUGCAAGAAACUAAAUAUAGGAGCAUUUUUGUUAAUGAACCCUUGGCUCCAAUCAUGCGGUAUACCAAUCUUGAUGAGAAUGAUAAAAUGGAGCGCAAACUAGGCGAUGCUUUACAAUUGGAAUGCAAACCGGAAGCAAUACCAGCAGCGGAAGUACAUUGGUAUAAGGACGAUGUUGAAUUGAACAACAGCAGUUAUGUGAACAUUCUAGACGACGGCAGCAAACUAAUUAUACAAUAUAUCAAACCUGAACAUGAAGGUGCAUACAAAUGUGUGGCUUCAAAUCGUUUGGGGUCUGCCGAAGUGAGUUCGGCGGUUAAAAUUACAAAUUUGCCACGCAUGCGCGUCGGUUGGAUACUCGCCAUACUGUUCUUCUUCAUUUUCCUUAUUGCCCUGGUGAUUUAUCUAUGUGUGCGUGUCAUGCGCGAACGAAAGCGUCUGCGUGAUUACAAAGCGGCCGGUUUGGCAAAUUUCGAAGACGGCGCUGUGGAGCAUAUAAAUCCAGCGCUGACAUUAGACGAACAGGCCGAUUUAUUGCCAUAUGAUCGUGCUUUUGAAUUUCCACGUGAAAAACUUAAAUUGGGAAAGCAAUUGGGUGCCGGCGCCUUUGGUGUGGUGCUAAAAGCCCAUGCGGAAGGCAUACGACCAGAUGAAAAGGAAACCGUAGUGGCUGUGAAAAUGGUCAAACGUAUUGCUGAUAAUGAGGUGAUGCGUGCACUGGUGACGGAAUUAAAGAUUUUGGUGCAUCUUGGCCCAAAUUUGAAUGUUGUCAAUCUCUUGGGUGCAGUAACCAAAAAUAUUGCGAAACGUGAAUUAAUGGUUAUUGUGGAGUACUGUCGUUAUGGUAAUGUACAAAACUUCUUACUGCGCAAUCGUAAACGAUUUAUAAAUCAAAUUAACCCUGAAACGGAUAAAAUUGAUCCAACCAUUACUAAACAGAGGUUUUCGGAUAAUUUCGAGUUAAACCGUGAUGGAGUAAGAUAUGUUAAUCUGGCAUUUGCAAAUCACCAAUAUGUUAAUCAUAUGAAUAAUAUGAACAAUAAUUAUACGGCAAAUAAUCGUAGAAACUCCGACGAGGACCCACGCUCCGGCACACGUGCCGGCCGUCCCAAUUCCACCGGAUAUUUGCGUCAAUCGGAUUUGUACGAAGGCCAUGUGGAUAGCUGUGCAACGGAGCAGACUGUAAUGACCACAAUACCGGAGGACGAUGAUAAUGUCUUAUCCAAUAAUUCUGUGCAACCUGCUUGGCGCUCCAACUACAAACCAGAUAGUACAGAAGCCAUGACAAUUACCACAACACAGCUGGUGAGUUGGGCAUUCCAAGUGGCACGCGCCAUGGAUUAUCUGUCAUCGCGUAAAGUGUUGCAUGGUGAUCUGGCGGCUCGUAAUAUCCUGCUUUGUGAGGAUAAUGUGGUGAAAAUUUGCGAUUUUGGCUUAGCACGUUCCAUGUAUAAGAGUGAGAAUUACAAGAAACAAGGCGAAGCGCCGUUGCCUAUUAAAUGGUUGGCCUUGGAGUCGCUCAGUGAUCACAUAUUUAGCACUUAUACUGAUGUCUGGUCGUUUGGCAUUGUUUUGUGGGAGUUUUUCUCAUUGGCCAAAGUACCCUAUCCCGGUAUGGAUCCGAAUCAGAGCUUAUAUUUAAAAAUAAAAGAUGGUUAUCGCAUGGAGAAACCGCCAUAUGCUAAUAAUGAAUUGUAUGAUAUAAUGCUGGAGUGUUGGAGUACAAAUCCGGAGAGCCGUCCAUUAUUUAAUGUGUUGGAAAAGUAUUUCGCACGUAUGCUGGGCGAGGAUGUGACAAAUCACUAUGUUGAUUUGAAUGACACUUAUUUACGUGCGAACAUGGAUAAUGCCAAUACCAAGCCAACUGAUUAUCUGUCGCUAAUGGGCUCACCAGACGAAAUGGCACCGGCGCCACCACGCUAUGUAAACGGCCAUAUACUGCCUGAAAUACGUAUACAGCCAUCUACUUCCGACGACUACUUAAAUAUGAGCAUCGAAACUGGUACAACCAUUUUCUCACCGACACGUCCCAAAGACUAUCAAAAUUCAAAUGAUGAUACAAAUACAACAACAACUUCUUUCACCUUCCCAGAUAAUACAGCACCCACAGCGCCACCAAUAUCACAACAUUCCCCAACCUUAGUGAAUAAUCUCGAUAGUCCAAUCAAUAAGCAUCGCAAGAAAGAGGGCAUACAACCGGAGGAGAUACCAAUGCUGACGGGCACACAUCACAAUUCCGAUGAUGGUGGCGACAGUCCAGAGCAAGACCGAAAGUUCGCCAAAAACAUAUUACAACAACAUGUACGUGCUACGCCUACACCGUCGCCACGUCAUCACAUCGCCGAGACCGAACUCAGCGGCAGCGAUAACUAUGUGAAUGUGAAUUCACCGAAAAAGUUGAAUAACAAUGGUGCGAGAGCAGCGGAUGCAUUUUCCAAUCCCAGUUAUCAAAUUUUAAAGACUGUUUCAAAGGAUGUGGAUAAUAAAUGAAGCGUGAUCAGAAGAAAAUCCCCUGUUUGGCAAUUGCUAAUAUGUGCGCGAAUGUAAAAUUGAUCGAACAAAUAUUGUCAUGAUUAGUUGAAUUCGACUUUUGUAGUAACUACAAUCUACAAACUAUAUUAUACUACUACAAGUGAGGGUUAAUUAUCGAAAGUAAAAUCAAUUUUUUUUUAAUUUUAAUUUGUUAUUAUUCUGGGUUAUUUUUUUAAUGAAUCUUCCUUUAAAGUCGAUUUUAUACAUAUUAUGCUAAUAAGUGUUCAUUUUCAUAGUCAAAAUGAGUUAUAGUCAUAAGUAUUGCAUGCGAUUUUGCUUAUUCACAAUAACUUGACAUUUAUUUUAACGGUUUUAGCUUUCCAAAUACCAUUGAUCUUAUCGAUGAAAGCGCGCCAGCUUAAAAAAACGGUAACAUUUUACAUACAUAAUGCAUUUAUCUACUAUAAAUGGAAGAAUAAAGGGUUUUUGGUCAUAUUUUAUCCAUUAUUACAUUACAAAAUUAAAUAAUAAGGCUAAAAUUACAAAUGAUCAUAAAUUUCAAACUUUUUAAUCCAAAAACUGUAUUCAGAAUGCUUAAAAAUCAUUUAUACUCCUAAAUCAUUAAAAGAAACACAAUGGGAUAGCUUAAACGCCGACUUGAAUACUUAUAUAUAAAUGUAUUGCGAUAAAAAAUGUUUGUUUUAAUGAAGUAUCCUUAUGUAAACUUAGAUAAUUGUUGUAUAAUUAAAAUAUAAGAAAGAUACUUUCCUCAUUAAUACCUAUACGCUGAUAAAAUAGAUUAAGUUUACAUAUUUACAACUACUUUAACUGUACAUAGACUACUUUUAAAUAAACUGUGCGUUUCAUACUCAUAAGAAAAGUGAGCGAACAACUUUUCAAUGUGCUAUAUAUAAAUCUAUUUAGUUUUAUUGUAAUAAGAUUUAAUUUUGUGAACUUGAAUGCCUUAAACAUUUUGCGCAGGAAUAAAAUCUACGAUAUAUAAAAGUUGCUAUA